AUGGCAGGCAAAAAAGAGACCAAGGGCCAGACGAAACUCACUGGCUCAUUCGGAGUUUCAAAGCGAGGGUCUACAGGAGUAGGAAAAACCGCUGUGAAUGCCGCAAAAAAGAGCAGUACGGCGCAACCUAUACUAGAUCCCACGGACAAUUCUACAAUCAAAGGUGUAUUUUCAAAGCCAGGUUUAACUUCUGAAGCUGUUGUUGGAAAGAAGGACUUGAGUCCAGGGCCAGAAGAGAAAGAAUCUACUGUAUCGUCAGAAAUAGCUGAAAAAGAUACGGUGGUGAAGAACGAAUCCAAACCGCUAGCUAAACUGGAUGUGGAGAAACCUGAGUACAAAAACUAUCUUCGUUCUAUGGUAAAAAAUAGAAUAUCGGAACCCAUUCAUCAAGAGGAGUAUAAUACGGCAGAAAAAGUGUUGAAGCAAUUUGAUAUGACAGCUGCCUACGGUCCGACCGCCGGUAUCACUCGCUUAGAACGGUGGAACAGAGCUGAUAAACUGGGACUGAACCCGCCAGCUCUGGUAAAAGAGAUCCUUGAAACAAAAGAAGGAGUGUCCGAUUCAAAAUAUAGUGAGUCUUAUUUAUAUGGUUAUGUAUGA